GCAUUAACGACCUUUGACUUUGAGCAACAUUUGACAGCGUUAAUGAGCUAUUGUUUGAUUCAACAUGCCACUUUCGGAAUACAAUGGUGUCUUCAAUUAAAUUAAACCAGCCUCCGCAGGCCUUGCAACUGCAGCUAUUCCACCGUCACCAUUCAUGGAGCGACUGGGUUGUGGAACAGGUGUUGCAGUGUAUCUUUUUCAGAGAGGUUCAAAGAAGGAUGGAUCAGGACUUUCUCCUUGGGCCAUAAAGAAAACUACGUCAAGGACCCGCAAAGAUGACUACAUGGACAACAAUGUUGAGAAAAUGCUUGCAAAAGAAGCCCGCAUUCUCAAGGAUCUUAUGCAUGAAAACAUUGUUGGAUUCCGAGCUUUCAGCCGAAAUGAAGAUGGCAGCAUGUGUUUGUCCAUGGAGAAUGGGGAGCAAUCCUUACUUGACCUGAUUGAAAGGAGAGAUCAGGAAGGCCUGGGUCCCUUUCCUGCACACCACAUCUACCAGGUUGCCCUCGGCCUGGCCAGGGCUCUCAAGUACCUCCAUAAUGAAAAGCACAUCCUUCAUGGUGACCUAAAGAGCGGCAAUGUUCUCAUCCGGGGUGAUUUCCAGUCGGUCAAGCUGUGUGACUUUGGCGUAUCAUUAAAACUGACGGAGGACUUGACCUGCUCAGAGGAUCCAGACAACCACUACAUCGGCACAGAACCUUGGACUGCUCCUGAAAUCAUUCGGGAGGAAGGUCAAGUCACCCACAAGGCGGACAUCUUCUCCUAUGGUCUCGUCCUCUGGGAGAUGAUGUCACUGACCCUACCCCACAUGGAUCUCCUCAGUAGCUCCAUGGGUGACAGCAUAGGGGAUGAAAGUUUGGACCAGUCGUUCCAAGAGGAGCAAUACCAAGCAGCCUUGGGCACCAGACCCCCUCUACCAAACUUCCCUCUCGGUCCUACCUACAAACCCCUAGUCAGCCUGUUCUGCGCGUGCACGGAGGAGCUACCUACCAAGAGGCCAUCAGCGAGCUUAAUUGUCGAGGCUCUGGAGUCAAUUCCAGUUCCAUCUGAUCACACUGAUGCUGACUUCUCUGAGAAUAAAGAAAAUGCUCCCAUGUACUCAAACAACUGAUGGUUUUCAUGGUAUGGUUGGUGGGCAAAGAUUGCCAAAAUACCUCUCCCAUCUAUGCCAGAAGUCAAAGCUGCGUAGCUUAAAGCAGAAGAGCAACGACAUCAAAGCAGCUCAUGUUUUACACCAAGCACAGCAGUAGAAAGGCUUUAUCUGUAUUUUGUGGCUACAUGUAUAGGGAACCGUUCUUUUGAAAAUCGAUCAUUUUCUUUUGAAAAUCAAUCAUUUUCUUUCGAAUAUCAAUCAUUGCAAAAGUCAGUUCCUGCAUUUCAAAUUUGCUUGCGCCAUUGAUCAUGUUUAAACAUGUACAUGUUGGGCACUGUCGUGUUGUGCUGUCACUUAAGUUGGUAUGAAAUCUCCUGCUUCACUUCCCUUCCCUUUUUUGAAAGCAAAAAGGAGAGAAUUGGCUGAUGGCAGAAUCGUUAGCAAAUUGUACAAGGUUGACAGAUUGUGCCAAGAUUGAGUGAUCAAGCAUAUUGACGAUGCACCCAACAAAUACAUACCUAUAAUUCUAAGCCUUAAAAUUUUGGUGUAUUUGUUGGAAAUUUAAGGGACACAUCUUUGUAGUUUCCUUGAAAAUUAAACCACCACUUCAAUGUUUGUACUCACAUUUGAUAUAUACGAGUAUACUGUACAGACAUUUUUGCAUCACUGCAUCGCUUGUUUCGUUGUACAUAAUUUCAAGUUCAAGCC